CAACGGCCGCGUACUGACUUGAAUUCCAAGGUCGUGCGGAUCCAAAAUCGUUGUUCACAUCAGUCUAUUUUUGCUCAGUUAGUGACUUCUGAACUGAAGUCUAUACUCUGAGGUGUCCCUCGUAUCUCUACUUAUCUAUCUCAUGACCACUCCAAUAACAUCUUGUAUGAACGAAUCAGAGUUUUCAGAAGUCUACCCACCAUCUGAGGAUUCCUACUUAUUUUUGGAUGCUUUGGAGUUGGAUUCUGGAUUUUUGUCCGAAUUGAGGCCCACUUUAACUCUUGAAGUUGGAAGCGGUAGUGGAGUUAUCAGUGCAUUCUUUUGCUCAUCCAUUUCAAAACCACUCUUCCACAUAUGCACCGACAUAUCCCUCACUGCAUGUUACGCUUCUCUACGUGUGCUGAACGUAAAUGUUCCUAGUACAUCGGUGACAUAUGAUGUAAUUAAUUGUUCUUUAGCAACUCCCCUCUUGCCUAGACUAUAUAAAAGUGUGGAUUUAAUCAUGUUUAAUCCUCCCUAUGUACCGACAACGUCAGAUGAACACAAAGCUGCUAGUUCGACUAUAGUUGCCUCAUGGUCUGGUGGGCGACUGGGAAGAGAAAUGGAAAUAAUAAACUUGUAAGGUGACAACGGUUUGGUUGAGAAAGUGCUAUAUUGAUUGAAUUCUAGUCGCUUAUCGCAAAGGAAACAUUCUAUAAGUCUAUGUGUGAAAUCUUCGCUUCUUGGAGUCGGUUUACAUGUAUGAGCAACUAUUUCCAUGUGUGAACUUGAACAUAUCCAAGUCUAGAUCUCGACUAACAGAUACAAAUCUAGAGGGAUUGUUGCUCAUGAGGACAAUUAAAAUGACUCCUAAUUACACUGUGAUGACUAAAACUGUGCACAGUUGAAUUCAUACUAUUAAUAAACCCGGCAUCAGUAACACCUAAGAUUGGAUCCAACCACGCCACGGUGUAAAAAUAUGUAUGAUGACCUGUAUUAUUGAAUGGUUUAACUUUGUUGUGAAUGUGCACUGGAAACAAUCCUUAAACCAACGUUGAAACUCUGUUCGUGAAAGUUCAGAAUAGGAGACUGAUUUGAAUACAAGAAGAUUUAUAACCUAAACUCUAAAGUAUUUACUAUCGUCGUUCGUACUAAAACUACUUAAUAUUUAACAAAAUAAUAAUUGGCAAGAUGAAGCAUGUCCCUCUUGACUCUAUGAUUGUCUGGUGACUUGAUGACCUGUUAAAUAUUACGGUUCACAAGUAAAACAUUUUGAAUGAACCGAAUGGGUG